UACCGACACAUGUCUAGUUCCAUAUCAUUUGGCAUUAUUAGGUUCCGCCGGCCGUGUUUCCACCGGACGUCUGUGUAAGUCGGACCCGUUCAAGAUGUCCGUGGAGCAGGCGAGCGCGAGAGGGACAGCCGCUGACACUGAGGAGGACAAAGCUCACCUGAUUAAAGGUGGUGUUUUCCUCACUACUGUAGCCACAGCGGGUAUGAUUGCAGGGUUCGGGUCCACCCUUGCCAUGGCUAAGAAGAAGAGUCCUGACUGGUUUAAUAAGGGUGCAAUAGGAACUGCUGCGGUGCCAGAAAGCGGUGCGUCGUUAGCGUUGCGGGCGUUGGGAUGGGGCUCCCUUUACGCCUGGUGUGGGGUUGGUCUCCUGAGCUUCACCGUUUGGAAGGCUCUAGGCGUCCACAGCCGGAAGGAAUUUCGUCAGAAAAUGCAGUCCAUUUUCCCCGCCAUUCCCAAAAAUGAAGAGGCUCAAGAGAAUUCUGCUCCAUUUGAUUGGAAUUCCAUCUUCAAGUCAAAAUGAGAAACAAUUACAGUCUAUUAUCAAGAACGCACAGCCUUAACUGACUGACUGGAAAGAUUAUUUAUCAGAUGGUCAGUCUGGUUAAGUGUGAGGCAACCAGUCGGUUCAAUCAGCCAAUUUUAGAUCCAGUAUCAAGUUUGAGGUCACAGCACUGGAAAAUGCCUCGAUGAAGGCCUGGACAAUUCAACAUGGUUGUUUGUCUCAAUUUCUUGUGCCACACUGGAAUUUUCACAGCCUGAGCCACGAGACUUUGACUCUGCACUUGCAGUCACAAGUGUGGAAGUUUUAUGUUUGUACGUACUGUACUAUCUCAGUUAUUUAAUUAGCUUUUUUUUUUUUUGGCAACCAUACUUUUGGCACAUUUGUGUGGGCCUAGCAAAUAAUAUUACUGCCCUUUGGCUGGUGGUGUUUAUACAUUAAAUAUCAAACUAAAGCAGCCACUGUGUUAAAGUGGCAUCAUGUGAUGACAAGGUCUAAUAAAAGCUUCAAGGGACAGAGGAUGAAAACAUGUGCCCUGCAGUGACUGAAGAACAGCUACAGAACGACAGCCUUGCAUCAGUGUGCGUCAGUGAGCAUUUUCUGUGCAUUUAGGGUCGUGUAAUCUGGUUAAACUGGAUGUGACAGAAGCAGCACAGAGCACUGGAUAGACAGGAAAAAAACGUUAACAAGAACCCAUUAACCUUAACUGCCAGGAAACUCUGUCUUUUGCUUUUUAAAUAUUACAAUAUUGAGGAUAUACAUGGUAAAUUACAUUUUUUUGGGCACUCUGACACGAAAAAAAAAUAACAACACUGAAAAACGACGUUCACAGUGCUCGACCAAAUUUCAUGUACAUUUACUUUUAACAUGUGGAACAUGUAUAAAGACUUUAUACUGAAUAAACAAUGGUCAUCAAAUCAUAUGGAACAAAAGGAGCUUACAUAAAGAGUUGUACAUAUUUUUUGUUAAAAUCAUUAAGUCGUUUUGGGGUAACGUUCACAUUGAAUUACAUUUAUUCCAUCAGACGUCUUUCAGUUAGCUUGUAAUUUCCAAACUCUAAGGCCGUUAGAGGGAGCCACAGCUAUCUCUGGCACACAGAACUCUAUUAUAGGUCACACAGGAACGUCUUUGGGGGCGUUCGUUCACACAGGACAAAUUCUUGCAUUCAACCCUCUACAUUGCGAGUAAAUCACUCGCAUAUGCGACUAAAUCUUCAC